CUUGCUGCUUCGUGCACACGAUGACAAGUUGGUAGCAUUGCUCGAAUAGCAAAACGAAUUAUCAACUUAUUCGUGUCAAACUUUUUACAGCGAUAGAAGCAAAACGCAUUUGUGCACUACCCGCCUAACAUUACAAUUUAUUGGUUAUCAUGGAUAAAGUAGUUAAAUUCUGCGAACCUGGUCGUGCCUUCGCCAAGGACUCGAUUCGUUUAGUGAAACGUUGCACCAAGCCUGAUCGCAAAGAAUUCCAAAAGAUCGCCAUUGCCACCGCUAUUGGUUUCUGUAUCAUGGGCUUCAUUGGUUUCUUCGUGAAACUAAUUCACAUCCCCAUCAACAACAUCAUUGUGGGCUCAUAAAUUGCACGGCGGCUGCAUCAGCUGUAUUAUUUCGUACAUUCAUACUUAUCUAACGAUAGUUAAUUUACAUUUACUCAAAUUUUGUUUGUAUAAAACAUUGAAAUGAGUUUAUUUUUCAUUUAGCAAUAAGAGAUCAAAUAUUUGCUUGUGCAGAGAUUAAUAAAUACGUUUUAUUCUGUAGUUGAAAUCAAACUAUUAAGCCAAAAUCUGCAAUUUAUCCCAAGUGAUAAAUUAUUACUUUAAUGACACCAGAGCAAUCUUGUAGAUUUCGGCUUAACAACUUUAAUAAAACGAAAAAUAUA